AUGGUAAAAGAGAGGUUGGAUAGAUUCUUAAUCUCUGCUAAUACUAUUGAUAAUCUCCCCUUCCUUACGACAAAUCUGCCUAAAGAGGAUUUCAAAGACUCGAGACUUUUCUUUAAAUUUGAUACGUGCUGGGCGAAAGAGAAAGAAGCCAAAGAUAUUAUUAAGAAAGCUUGGAGCAGUAAUGAUACAAACAUUAUUGAGAAACUUAAGAAGGUGCAUGAGGAGCUUGACCCGUGGCAACAUGGUCGGUACAGAAGGAUGAAAAAUAGUAUUCGAAAGCUGGUUGCAAGGAUCAAAAAGCUUAUUGAUGGCCUUUAUGAGGAGUCUAAUGCUGACAUGUUGAAAAUUGCUCGUCUUAAGCUGGGGCAUCUUUAUGCCGAAGAGGAGAGCUAUUGGGCACAAAGAUCGCGUAUUAAAUGGCUUAAAGAGGAGGAUAGAAAUACAUGUUUUUUUCACGUUCAGGCCACUAGCAGACUUAAGAAGAAUAAAAUUGAAAGGUUAAAGGAUUCUAAUGUUAUUUGGGUGAAUGAUACAAAUGAUAUAUGUAAGGAUGUUAGCAGCAUAUUUGCUAGGCAAUUUACGAAUGAUGAGAUUCUUGAAGCCUUCAAUCAAAUGGAUCUCGAUAAAGCUCUUGGGAUUGACGGUCUUUUGGGUAUUUUCUUUAAAGAGAAUUGUGAGGUGGGUGAUCUACAAAAUCAUUUCCAAGGUAUUAGCAAACUGCCUAAAGGUUCCCUUUCCCCCCUUGCAUUAGUCAGAAUCAAAGUGCCUUCAUCCCGGGUUGCAUGA